UCCCCCAACUGUUUACUUCACCCAUCCAUAAAUUUGGAACUAUAUCAAUUUGGGUCAUAUUUUGAUUUUUAUUGUAAUUCUGGGCUGUUUUACUGGUUGAGUGUGACUUUGUAUCCCUGUGAUAACUUGUGUGCCGAGUGUGUGUUUACCUGACGCAGGCCGCGGCCUUGACGGUGCAGGCACUGAAGGACGGAACGUGUGUGUGUGUUUGUGUGCUACGUGCCGCUCCUCGCCUCCUCCUCGCUGCAGGACUAACCCGUGACUGCCACAAUGCCAGCUGUGCCAGCAGGAAACUACUAUCAGCAGGGGCAGGGGCCCAGCUGCUGGGACAGGGUCAAAUUGGGCUUCAUGAUGGGCUUCUCUGUGGGCAUGGCAACAGGGGCCCUCUUUGGGGGCUUCACUGCUCUGAGGUAUGGGCUGCGAGGGCGUGAGCUCAUGAAUAACGUGGGCAAGGUGAUGCUCCAGUCUGGCGGCACCUUUGGCACCUUUAUGUCCAUUGGCGCUGGCAUCCGGUGCUGAGGAUGCCUGCUGAAGUCUGCUCUAGAUAGAUACACAUUUUCCUCUCAUAUCUGUGGUGAUAUUGCUGUGCCACCAGAGCCUUGUGUUGGCCUCCAGGUGGCAGCUCAAACAGGAGUUAUAUAUGUAAAAUGUUUAUAUGCUGAAAAGAUAUUAGUUGUUAGGUGUUUUGUUCCUGCUAUUGUGAGUGCAGUGAAAGAAAGGUACUAGGUAUAAAAAAAAAAAUAGUUAUCUUUUUAUUUUAUUUAUUUAUUAUUUUUUUUCCUCCAAGUUUAAAGGUGUCAUUACUAUUAACAAACAUCAAUCUGCUAGGUGGUAACUCAUGAAUGUGCUUAUAUGAUUAAUUUUCAGCAUCCUUAUUGUUAUAUAUAUUUGUUUUCCUGGAAAUAGGAAACAUUAUUGUUAUUUAUUUUUUGUUAUUGUACAAUAUUUACCCAAAGUAUAAGUUACGUAAUGCAUGGGUGUAUGUACUGUGUCACACAUUUUCUUGGUCAAUCUGUUCCUUGUCCAGUUUUUUUCCAUGACACUCAGAGACUUACGUACGCACCUAGUUCCCUUUUCAUUUGCUGAACUAAUAAUGUAUCCGAUAUUCUACUAAUAAACCACAAUAGUGCCGGAUAAAAGAUAAAAUAAGUUUUAGACAUGACCACAAAAGCAUUCUUGACACCCAGAGAUUGUAACAUACCUCAAUUUUUUACUUUGCUAAAUCAAGUGCAUUUGUUUAACACUUAAUUGACCCAGAGAAUUACAUAAUAGAUGAAUAGAGUAUUUAGGCACUGGCCAAUAAUGGAGAUUCCAACACCCAGAUGCUGUCACAUACAUUUGUUCCUCCAAGUGGCAAAUUUUAGGUAGCACAUAACAAAGGGAAUUCCUGACACCAAGAGUAAGUGUAUCACAGAAGAGAGCAUAAGAAAAAUAAUCAAUUGGCGGGGUCUCCUCUAGGGCUAGUUCCAUAGUUUAAUACAAUGGGUUUGUAAGCCCCCAAACCAAACAAAAUACUGCAAUAAAAAUUCCUUGUAUAGUGUUUGGUGUUCAUGUAGAAGGUAAGAAUUUUGAGAACACAUGCAGGAAAUCUUUUUUAGUAUCUGGUGUCAAAGAGAAAACCUAACGGAGAGGCAUGGUAGCUGUGUGGGUAAGAGUCAAAUCUCAGAAGUGACAAGUCAGGAUGAAGUGAUUCAAACCUCACAACCCUGAAACAGCAACCCUAUUUGCACUUGGGCCAAAGCUGUCAAGAGAGAGAAGAGAAGGGAGAGAAAGAUGAUACACAGAAGAGUAGAUAACCUAACCAAUAUGGAGAGUAUAGUUGGUUUGGACUCUCACAAAGCCACGAGCUUGAGCAAGUGUACCAUGGCAUCACGGGCCAGAAUGGUGUGUGCAUGGUUACCCAUCUGUGACUGAAGAACCUUAUCACCUUAUCAGAUUUUUCUCACUAUCUGUUUGUCAUUGGAGAUGGAGAUAUUGAUGGAAAUGGUCAUUUUUUAAGGAGACCGUUUUAUUUGUUAGUAUGGGUAUUACCUCUUGAGAAAUACUUUACAUAAUUACUUUCUCUAUUCUUAUUUGGUACACUUAUGGAAAGUGUAUGAUACAAGAUGCUAACAUGAUAAUAGUACUACUUGAAAAUAUUGUCAGUAUUUAUUUACUAUAUGUAUAUUUAAAAGGGUAAAUGUUUUGCAGAAAAGGCAUUGUCUAAAAGAGUGGUUGAGUUGAUGUACUUCUUCAGUCUGAUAGUUCAUGCUCCAAGAAAUUAAACAAAACUUCUAUGGUUUGGCUUUAGUUCAACUUUGGAUGAUACUUUUCACUCAAUUUGUAAACCUAUUUAUCCUAAAAAUCCAAAAUUGACUGAAGCAAGAGUGUUAAUAAGCUGUAAAAAGUACUGUGGCAUUUUCAAGGUAAAAUGAAAGUGUAUAUAAUUA